GUUCUCUUUUGUGAAUGCUUUCAAUCGGCUCACUGACUGCUGCUGCUGCUCCGAAGGCAGUCGCGGCUCGGGUCGCCUUGGCCUGUGUCGCAUCAUCAGCAUGUACAAUUGCUCCUCCUGCACGAUUUGGAGGCACGUAUCGCCCGCGCAUCAAGCAGCAGCCGCCGAAACCAGGCGUCCUCCGCAAGCUCAAGUCGCCACCCAAGAUUGAGAAUGCGUACCGUGCAGACAUCCCGGAACUCGACCUGUCAGUGUCAUCGCGCUUGUCGACGCCAGAGGCCCGGACACGCCUGCGCGACUUUGACCGCUUGAAGGCCAAGCUGGACAAGUUGGAGGCCGAAUCCGCCACCAACUCGAACGCGGACGAGCGGGCAGCCACCGCCCGUUAUGUUGCCGAGACCCUUUCGGCUGCCGAUCGGCAAACCAAGUUCCUGCCCGUCGUUGGCAAGGAGCACGACCGUCUGACGGGCGGCAAGUUCAAGCACCACGUCGCCACGAUGGAGUUUGAGGCCAAGCAUCCCGUCGACCUCACCAAGGUCAGUCUGCGCCGAGAAGGCUCGACUGCCCUGCUGCCCAACAUUGUCAGCUCGCAGUCAGUCGAGGACUUUGUCCGAAGCUCGCCAGCGCUUUCCCAAGCCCUCUCUGUUCACAUGGGCACUCAAACCGAAGUCGUGACCCUCCGCAAGCGCGAAGUUGCCGCAGAUCUGCAGCGUCAUACACAUGAUACCGGGUCGGCCGAAGUUCAAGUUGCGAUGCUCUCCAUUCGGAUUCAGCAAUUAAUUCAACACCUCAACUCGAAGACCAUCGGCCGCAGCAAAGACCACCGCGCACGACGAACGUUGAUGCUGCUUGCAGCGCGACGACGGCGCAUGUUGCUCUAUCUGCAACGCCAGGACGUUCAGCGAUACUUUGUCACCCUCAAAACCCUCGGCCUCAAGACCAUCGUCCCCGCCAACAAGUACGACUCGUUCGAGCGAGCACGGCAAGCGCGCGUGGCACGCUCCAAGAGCAAGAAGUCCUCGCGCGGACACCAAGUCCCGAAGGCACGCCACGACUGGCGCGCUGCCGAGCAAGCAGAAUAUGUUCAGCUCGUUCAGAAGCGUUGAUCCAGAAUAAACACCACCACCUUCAACCCGGCA